AUGUUCCCCUGGGGAGCCUGUCCUAAAGGUGGUGUCUCCUUCCUCCUGCAGAACGUGAGGAUCGACCCCAGCAGCAUCGCCUUCGGCAUGUGGAAAGACAUCCCUGUUCCCUUCUUCCUCUCGGUGCACUUCUUCGAAGUGCUGAAUCCCCAGGAGAUCCUGCAGGGAGCGAAGCCGGUUGUGAGACAACGUGGGCCCUAUGUUUACAGAGAGUUCAGGCAUAAAACGAAUAUCACGUUCCACGACAACGGCACCGUCUCCUUCCUGGAGUACCGGAAUCUCUUCUUCCGGCCGGAAUUGUCUUUGGGCAGCGAGGACGACUACAUCGUUGUGCCCAACAUGCUGCUCAUGGGGGCAGCUGUAAUGAUGGAAAACCUGCCGAACUUUGUGAAGCUCUUGCUGAGCGGAGCCCUGGCGGGCCUGAAGCAGGAGGCCUUCAUGAACCGCACCGUAGGAGAGCUCAUGUGGGGAUAUGAAGACCCUCUUAUAGACACACUCAAUAUGCUGGUGCCUGGCUUGAUCCCUUUCAAGGGAAAAUUUGGCUUGUUUGUAGAAUUCAACAAUUCCCACUCAGGACUGUUCACAGUGAAUACCGGCAUGCAGGACAUCAGCAGAGUUCACAUGGUGGAUUCUUGGAAUGGAUUGAGAAAAGUGAAAUACUGGAGGACCAACGAAUGCAACAUGAUCAAUGGGACCUCGGGGGAGAUGUGGCCGCCGUUCAUGAGCCCGACAUCGCUGGAGUUUUACAGUCCUGAUGCCUGCAGGUCUAUGAAACUGGUGUACGAGCAGUCCGGGGAGUUUGCAGGAGUGCCCACCUAUCGCUUUGUGGCACCGAAGACGCUCUUUGCCAACGGCACAGACUACCCUCCCAACGAGGGCUUCUGCCCCUGCCUGCAGUCCGGGGUCCAGAACGUCAGCUCCUGCAGAUUCAAUGCACCCAUGUUCCUUUCCCACCCGCACUUCUACAACGCYGACCCGUUCCUGGUGAACGCUGUGGAUGGGCUGCACCCCAGCAAGGAGCAGCACGCGCUCUUCCUGGACGUGCACCCGAUGACGGGCAUCCCCAUGAACUGCUCCAUCAAGCUCCAGCUGAACCUGUAYAUAAAGCAGGUGCCUGGUAUCAUACAAACGGGGAAGACGAAGCCCGUGGUCCUGCCACUGCUGUGGUUUGCAGAGAGUGGAUCCAUCGAAGGCUCAGUCUUAAAUCAGUUUUACACCAACCUGGUGCUGCUCCCAUCCGUGCUGGAAUAUCUGCAGUACAUCUUCCUUGGGCUGAGUAUCCCUCUCAUUAUCACAGCAGCAGUACUCAUGGCGACGAGUAAGAGUGAUGGUGAGAUCCAGGAGUAAGUGAAAAAGAGCAAAAACCCUUGUGGCUAAAAGCUCACUGCCUCCUGGGCUUCACUCUCCUUCAGUAUCUUAAAACCUUGAUUUCAAAGACUUUCCAUGGGGCUUUUUUAUGCAUCAAAUAUCUGGGUGUGUGUUUAGUUGGUGCUCUAGGUUUUAGUGGGUAGGCACGACAAUAACUUCAUUCCGCUGGUGAGUGGAGAUGCAAAGAUGUUCUAUUUAAGAAGCCUUCAGCC